CUUCUCUCCCCUUAUCGAAACCACAAUCAAGAGAGAAAAUCAUAUUAAAUAGGAAGAAAAUUGCUGUUGUGGAAUUAGGGUUUCACGUAUCCACUCUAUUUUCCUUACGGAGUUGUGGGCCUUUCGGUAUUUCCGACCGUGUAGCGAAAUAUUCUGGUUGGAAGCUGGGUAUUACUAUUGGAAAGCAUGUCGUCGCAAUACCCGAUUCUUGAUAAUCGUCCGAUUGAUCAAUGGAAGGUCACAGAGUUGAAGGAAGAGCUUAAGAGACGAAAACUGACUACCCGGGGUUUGAAGGACGAUUUGAUAAAACGUUUGGCAGAAGCACUUCGCAUUGAGAGGGAAAAUGCUGCAAAGGAAGUUGAUGAUGGUUUUCAUUUGGAUCCCAAACCAGUAGUAGAUGUGAAAAAUCCAGAAUUAGUAUCAGUUGUUACUGAAACAGUCAAGGGUCCUGUGGACGAUGUUAAUGUUCAGGUUGAGGUCAAUGAUGGUGCUCCAACAGUGAUUCAGGGAAUUGUCCAAGAAGGGAGUGCAACAGCUAGUAUGAAAUCUUCUAGGGUGGAGGAAGAGAAGCUUCUUGAUCAUUCAACUGGGGUGGAAACUAGCAAUCUAGUUACUGAAACAGUUGUUGCUGAAGUAGCAUUGAAGGAGCAAGAUGAGCAAAACUAUGCAAGUCAUGGUGAUAAUGGGAAUAUUAAUAAUCAGCUGGAGAAUGAAGAUCCAAAGCCCCAGCUGGAGAAUGAGGAUUCAAAGCCCCAGCUGGAGAAUGAGGAUUCAAGGCCCCAGCUGGAGAAUGAGGCUUUAAAGCCCCCUCACGAGGAUCCAAUGCUUCAUUCUUCUGCUCCGAACUACCAGGUAUCUGAGGUCAGCCCCCUUUUGGAGUCUCCAGUAAAAUCUGAUUCUAUUUCUACUGAUUCUGUGUCAAUUAAUGAAAAAAUUGAACUAAAGGAUAAUAUAAUUGAUGAUAAUGUUAAAUUAGAACUAGAUGUUAAGCCUGAGAUAGUGGGACCAUCAUCCAGCAAUCUUGUUGCCAUUGGUGGCGAAUCACAUCCAAUGGAUGUGGAAGAGUCACAUGAGAAGCAGGCAUCUGUUGAACAGAAAGAUGACAGCAAUGCUGUGACCGAAGACAUGAUCAUAAAAAAUGAUAGUGCAGAUGUAGGGUACUCGGAAAAGUUAAAUUUGGACAGAAGCUCUGGUGAUGACUCUAUGGAGGAUGAUGCCGUGGAAACUAAACAAAUUGAUUCAAAGUAUAAUGAUGAUGAGUUGGGGGACAAGAGUGCGAAAAAUGAAUUGCCUGUUAAGGAGGAAAGUCUUGUUGAUGUGGUGGGAGAUGACUCGUCUGCAGGCAAAAAAGAUAUCCUUGCUGAGAGUAGGAUUCGUCCUGCCAUGCCUGCUGAGAAAAGGAAACUUAAUGACCAAGAAGCCGGCGGGAACACUGAGCCUCUGAAGAGGCAGCGCAGAUGGAAAUCUGAGUCUCUUAAAGUUCCUGAAAUCAAAGGGUCCAAUUCGACGCCCACCACCACCCCUAAGGGCACAUUUCAGUCUCCUGGUUCUAAGCGCAAUUUCUCUAGAUCGGACUCUUCUCUUAGCGAAGAUGCUCCAAAGGAACGUGUUGUUCCACCAUCGCCAAAACCUCCUACAAAUUCUCUUAGAAUUGAUCGUUUUCUGCGACCUUUUACCCUCAAAGCUGUCCAAGAGCUGCUGGGCAAAACUGGGCAAGUUACAGAUUUCUGGAUGGACCACAUUAAGACCCAUUGUUAUGUUACUUAUUCUUCAGUGGAAGAAGCCAUGGAGACACGGAAUGCUGUUUAUAACCUAAAAUGGCCUUCUAAUGGUGGAUGCCUUCUAGUGGCUGAGUUUGUUGACCCUCAGGAAGUGAAAAUUCGAGUUGAGGCUCCUCAAGGUCCUCCACAUACCCCAGCUGUAACUGUCAAUAAUGCUUCUACUGCUCCUCCAGCUGUGAUUACGCCACAGCCAUCUCCGUCCUCCCGUCAACAGUUUUCUAUGCAACAGCUGCCUCCUCCCCCACCUAUCCUCCCUCCUCCACCACCACUCUCUAAGCCGCCUCAAGUUAGAGAGCGACUCACUAUUGCACAACCGUUGGAGAAAGUUGAUCUACCAAUUGUCACUUUGGAUGAUCUCUUCAGGAAAACGAAAUCAACUCCGCGGAUUUACUAUCUACCACUAUCAGAAGAACAAGUUGCCACAAAACUUGCAGCACGCAGCAGAGCCACCAAACAGUAGGGAUUAUGUGGCUACUCGUAGGGUUUUUCUUAUGGACUGGUCAGUACAUUCAAUGCUGGUAUGAUAGUAUUCGCAUAAUCAUGUCUUUGCAGGUCUGCAGGUAUUGCUUUUAUGAAGGAUUUUCAUGUCAAUUUGGGUCAUUUAGUUCAAGUAUGGAUUUGGGUUUUUUUGUAAGACAACUCGGUGCUGAGCCUUUAGUGAUAAGACUCUUGAUAAAGACUAUUACCGUAAAUGGAUCGAGUCUCCUUGUCACAUUUUUACCUUUUUCUGCUUAACUGUGGUAACCUUUAUGCGCACAUUUGGUUCAAGAUGCAACUUCAA